AUGAAGAAACGAAACACCAUCACCAACGAAUUCAAGCUGCGAGUCUACCUAUCCGCAAUUAGCCCCAUCAUGAUGUACGGAUCGGAGACUUGGGCGGCACCAUUUACGGUGAUGGAGAGGCUUGAUUGCACGGAACGAAAGCUGCUCAGACGGCUACUUGGCUACUUUUGGCCUAGGGAGACCGGCAGAUCGCUUUCUUCAAUGAGUUCUGAGGAGUUUCUCGGAUUCGAGCUGGAAGAAGCCACCUGGCCGAAGACGGAAGCUUUGGACUGA